ACUUAUUAAAUCUCUUAAUUUCUUCAGUAAUGUCUCCAUAAUAAUGGAACCACGCACAUUGUGAGCUCGACCGACCCACAUCUCUCUCUCUUUCGUUCUCACUCUGUCUCUAAUUAUUCAUUCAGUCAUGGGAACUCUUUCCAGUUCAUCACUUUUUGGUGCAAUCCUUUGGCUCGUCGUGUCCCCAUUUAUGGGCCAACUAGUCGAGGAAGGUAAUGCGUACCAGGUGGAACAUCGGAGUGUCACCGAGAGCACAUGUGAUCUCUACGAAGGGACUUGGGUUCGUGACGAUUCAUAUCCAUACUACACCUCGUGCCCCUUCUUGGAGAAGCAGUUUGCCUGCCAAAGCAAUGGUCGACCCGACCAAGAGUACAUGAAAUAUAGAUGGCAGCCCCUUAAUUGCAACCUGACGAGGUUUGACGGACGAGACUUCUUGACGAGGUUCACUGGGAAGAAGAUCAUGUUCGUCGGGGAUUCGCUGAGCCUGAACCAGUGGCAGUCCCUCACUUGCAUGCUCUACAGUACCGAACCGUCGACCAAGUACACUUUGGUCCGGACCGGAGGGAUCUCCACAUUCACGUUCAAGGACUACAAUCUGGAGGUGAGGAUGGCGCGUAAUGCAUUCAUCGUUGAUAUUGUCAUGACAGAUGCUGGGCGAGCCCUUCUACUCGACUCUGUCAAUGGCAGUAGGCAGCUAUGGGAGGAGAAUGAUGUCCUGAUCUUCGACUCCUGGCACUGGUGGCUUCACAUCGGAAGGAAACAACCAUGGGACUUCAUUCGACUGGGUGGAAAGACAAUCAAGGACAUGAACCGGUUGGCUGCGUACGAGAUAGCCUUGAAGACAUGGGCCAAGUGGGCGGAUUCCAUCGACCCGGCAAAGACCAAAGUCUUUUUUCAGGGUGUUUCCCCCGAUCACGAUAACUCGACCGAGUGGGGCCAGCCAGGAGCGCCAACCCAUUGUUCGGGCCAGACUGAACCCCUGCUAGGAUCCGGCUACCCGGGAGGCCCGCAUCCAGCAGAAGUGGUAUUGGAGAAGAUCAUCGGGAGCAUGAGCAAGCCUGCUAAUCUGCUGAAGGUGACCAAGCUGUCGCAGCUGAGGAAGGAUGGUCACCCGUCAGUGUACGGGUUUGGCGGGCACAGGGGCAUGGACUGCACCCACUGGUGUCUCGCCGGAGUACCCGAUACCUGGAAUGAACUGUUAUAUGCUGCUCUUAUUCAAUAAUUAAUUAUUUCAAGGAAAAUUCAUUUUCCUCCGAUUCGGCACAUACUGAAUGUCUCUAUGUAGGAAUAUGACCCUGCUUUUUCUGAUAAUUUCAUCUAUGUCACUCGGUGUACUCGGCAGUGCCGAAUUCGGAGGAUAUAGCAUAUCUCUUAUUCGGAGAAAUGAAAUUGAUGGA